UUGUGUGUCCCACAUUGUUUUCAAUGGAUUAGUUUGAUCUAUAUAUAUAUACACAUCUCCGCAUCAGAGAGAAUAUCAUCAACCACAAGCAAUCCAGAACUUUAGUCCUUCCUUUGAUCCCAUACAUAUUCAGAAGCUUCGAGAAUCAAACUUCUAGACAAGAAAAUGGCUUUGGUGAGAAGUAUCUUCAGUGCAAAGAAGAUUCUUGGCGGCUCCUUAGCAAGAACGAGCAAAGCACCAAAAGGUUUUCUUGCGGUGUACGUCGGUGAGAACCAAGAGAAGAAGCAGAGAUACUUUGUACCAGUCUCAUACUUGAAGCAGCCUUCAUUUCAGGCCCUUCUCAGUAAAUGCGAAGAAGAGUUUGGUUUUGAUCAUCCAAUGGGCGGCUUGACAAUUUGUUGUCCUGAAUACACAUUUAUCAGCAUAACUUCUAGGAUCCAAUGAUGAUCAUCAGUAGGAAAAACAAUAAUUUUCUUGUAAAUAGAUUGACAAAUUUUCAUCUUAUUAACCAAAAGAUUUGUUCCAAACAUAUGAAAGCCAGUUUUGUGUAAGAAACAAUGCUAUUAACAUAUAAUCAGUAUAUAGUU